ACAACACUCCCGAAUCUCUCAAAAUCUCUCACUGAAAUCGAGUGGUGUAAUCUCGAGUGAUCUCUUCUCCGACAACGUCUUUAAUCUCUAUAGUUUCGACAUCUCCGAACCCAGUUGCUUGAAAUCGAAAGAACGAACCGUUAAGUGUGCUGAGGAUUUAUCCAAUUAGCAGCGGUUUUUCACCAUGGAUGCGGCCGGUGGAAGCUCUUCUAAUCAAAAAAAUGAGGUAGGACAGAAGCCUUUGAUUGUUAGAGUUAAGAGAAAAGUGGGACAGUCUCUGCUAGAUGCUUUCUGGUUGGAGAUAAAUGAAAGACCACUCAAACGGCCGACUCUGGAUUUAUCAAAGCUAUCUAUUUCAAAUUCAAGCAAGAGAGGUUCUUCUGUGGCAGAAGAAGUGAAACCGAAGAAGGUGCUAGUGCAGCAUUUGGAGACAGUCACAGACUCUAAAACCACCACGGCUGAUAUUAUCCACUCUUUCUUUGAGUCUGAUCUUAAUGAGAAAAGUUGCGGUAAAGGGAAGUUUGAGGAGCGGAGAAUUGAAUUCAAGAAAGACAAUAGAAAGGAACAACUCCUGACCAAAGCUGUACAACGGCAACAGAUUGCUGCAGGGAAUGCUCGGUUUGAGCAAAUAUGGCGGAGUAGGAAGGGAAACAAGGAAGGUAUCCAUGAUAAGUGUCAUUUCUUUGACGUCAUUCGUGUUGAUGCUGAAGAAAGACUAGACAAUGCACCAGAGGUUACAUCUUUGGAGGACCAGAAAAUGCUUGCUAAUUUCUUGCCUCUCCUUAGAGAGUGUAUUCCAACAGCAGCUGAAGAGAUUGAAGCUGAUAUACAUUCUAGUCACACUGAAGAAUACGUUUAUGAUUAUUAUGCUGCGAACGAAGAGAUGGAUAUCAGCAGCGAAGAUAGUUACAAGAACCAGUUUCCUAUUGUUAUAGUCGAGGAUGAAGAAGACUUCUGCGAUGGACCUGAUGAAUCAGACUACGACUCUGAUGAUUCAAAUGCUGAAGAUCAUCCAAGGAACGAUUACCCAAAAGAUAUCUCUGAAGACGAGGAGGAUGAAGAGGAUGAAGAAGAAGAAAAGAGUGAAGAAGCCUCUGAUGAAUCAGACGAAGAGACUUCAGAAAGACAUGUGAGAAAAGUCCUUCGAGACUAACGAGUUUGAUUGUAAUGUAAUGAAUGGAUGUGUAUGGUCAUAAAAUAUUAAAAGUUAGUAAUACAAGUAAAACCUCUAUAAAUUGAUAAUGUUGGUACUAUGGCAUUUUAUUAGUGAUAAUUUAUUAAUACUAUUUUA